UAACCGGGUUCGCCAGAUAAAGCGAGAAUUCGAAGACGAUGGUUCUCCAGUAGAACGUCAUUCAUCUGGGAAGAAUUACGGGCUUGAGAAAAGAAAAGGUAUGGAACUAUACUACGUUGGGGUUCAUGAAUGGUCUGCAGACUCAUCAAUCUUCCAGGUGAAUCUUGGAGUUAGCGGAAAACUGGCUGAAGAUACCAAUAUGUAUCGCGGAGUUCUGAUAAAAUACAAUGAGCCACCCGAGGCUAAGAAGCCAACAUUGCGAUGGCGCUUGUAUCCUUUCAAAGGCGAUGAGGCGUUACCGGUUCUUCACAUUCACAGGCAAUCCGCCUAUUUGAUCGGAAGAGAUCGGAAAAUUGCCGAUUUACCGAUUGAUCACCCAAGCUGCAGUAAGCAACACGCUGUUUUACAAUACAGAUCAGUUCCUUUUGAGCGCGUAGAUGGCACAAAGGCACGUCGUGUUCUACCAUAUAUAAUCGACCUGGGGAGUUCUAAUGGAACCUUUCUUAAUGGAUCAAAGAUUGAACCUCAAAGAUAUGUUGAAUUGAAAGAAAAGGAUGUACUGAAAUUCGGUUUUUCAAGUAGAGAAUUUGUUGUGUUAAACGAGAAAUCAGCCGGAGGUGCUUCUGGUUCAGAGCCUGGAUCUCCAGGUUCGGACAAAUCGUAA